ACUCGAGUCUCGGACGGACUCGGCUGCUCCGGAGGCUCAGCAUGGUAGGCAAGGUGAGGCGGCCCCGGGCCCGGCUGCACGUGGCCGCGGUGAAGACCACACGGCCAGCCCCGAGUGGUGACGAGGCAACAGCGGCAGCGACCUCUCUCCCCGCGGAGGCGACAGCGUGGAGCGGAGCCGGGGGACAGGACUGGGGGCCUCCCGCCUCGGACCUCUUCUCCGGGACCCCGAUCGACCCGAAGGCGCUGGUGCAGAGGCUGGACCCAGACCAGAGCAGCGUCAUCUCCGCCGGUGCAGGUGCCGCAGCGAACCCCGUCUUGUCCAAGAAAGAGAGGCUGAAGCAGCGACGGGCCCGAUGGCUGCAGAAAAUAGACGCCAUCAAGGCGGCAGAAGAGACCCGUAAGGCGGAGGCGAGACGGAAGGCCACGGUCGUCGUGGGAGACAUGCGCCCACUCAUGGAGGCCCUGCCCGAGCUCUCGGAGCUGGUGACGGCCAGCCGGCCCCAGAAGAAGCUCCCGAGGGCCCCGAGGCAGAAGGCCCGGCCCACAGACUUCACCCGCAUGACCUCAGCCCAGAAGCGCCAACUCCUAGAGGAUGAGAUGGCCCGCUUCCAGGAGGUCAUCGCCAGCCCGUCCUAUCAGGCCGACCCACUGAGAGCCAUCAGUGAGCAUCUCUCCAAGAGGCUGAGGCCGGAGGAGGCCGGGAGGUUCUAGGUCCAGAUGGAGCAGAGGCCGGAGCGGUUUGGGUCCUCGAGCCCCCCCACCUCACAGGGCUGUUGUGAGGGCGCUGAAUAAAGGGACCUCCGAGGGCUCUGGA